UCCAGGUCUAGCUGGUGUGAAACAUGGCAAAGCUUAGGGGUGUUACCUCCUUAGUGGCACUUGUGCUGCUGGGAUUCCUCAUAAGGACUGAAGCUCAGAGUUGGUAUCCAAGUAGACGCCAGUCACAGGAACCUGUAACAACACCUAAAGGUAAAGGUCAAAAAACAGGUCAAGGUCAGGUUCAAGUACAGGGUCAAGUAUAUGGGCAAGGAUACGGUCAAGGACAUGGGCAAGGACAAGGUCAAGGACCAGUCCCAAUGCCAAUGCCAGUCGAACCUGUCUGGCCCCCCUACUGGCCCCCUGACUACCCUGUCCAACAGGGACAGGGUAAUUAUUAUCCUCCCCCCUGGAGCUGCGAUGUGAUGAAAAUUGCACGAGUCCAAUGUGGGGCUCCUGGUAUAUCUCGGACUUAUUGCGAGGCCCUUAACUGCUGCUACGAUGCAGGCCAGUGCUACUAUGGGAACAUGGGUCAACAGCAAACCAAUGAGCCAGUUAUUCAGAUGGACGUUAUGCGUUACGAUCAAAACCGUCAAGACCAGGUGAUGCCUGACAGACAGAAAACCGUAAAGCAAGCUCCCUCCUGGAGCUGCGAUGUGAUGAAAAGCGCACGAAACCAAUGUGGGGCUUCUGGUAUCUCUAGGACUUCUUGCGAGGCCCUUAAGUGCUGCUACGAUGGAGGCCAGUGCUACUAUGGGAACAUGGGUCAUCAGAAAGCCAAUGAUCAGGUUGCUCAGAUGGAACCUAUGCGUUACGAUCAAAUGCGCCAAGACCAGAUGAUGCCUGACAGACAGAAAACCGUAAAGCAAGCUCCCUCUUGGAGAUGCGAUGUGAUGACAAGCACACGAAACCAAUGUGGGGCUCCUGGUAUCUCUAGGACUUCUUGCGAGGCCCUUAACUGCUGCUACGAUGGAGGCCAGUGCUACUAUGGGAACAUGGGUCAUCAGAAAGCCAAUGAUCAGGUUGCUCAGAUGGAACCUAUGCGUUACGAUCAAAUGCGCCAAGACCAGAUGAUGCCUGACAGACAGAAAACCGUAAAGCAAGCUCCCUCUUGGAGAUGCGAUGUGAUGACAAGCACACGAAACCAAUGUGGGGCUCCUGGUAUCUCGAGGACUUCUUGCGAGGCCCUUAACUGCUGCUACGAUGGAGGCCAGUGCUACUAUGGGAACAUGGGUCAUCAGAAAGCCAAUGAUCAGGUUGCUCAGAUGGAACCUAUGCGUUACGAUCAAAUGCGCCAAGACCAGAUGAUGCCUGACAGACAGAAAACCGUAAAGCAAGCUCCCUCUUGGAGAUGCGAUGUGAUGACAAGCACACGAAACCAAUGUGGGGCUCCUGGUAUCUCGAGGACUUCUUGCGAGGCCCUUAACUGCUGCUACGAUGGAGGCCAGUGCUACUAUGGGAACAUGGGUCAUCAGAAAGCCAAUGAUCAGGUUGCUCAGAUGGAACCUAUGCGUUACGAUCAAAUGCGCCAAGACCAGAUGAUGCCUGACAGACAGAAAACCGUAAAGCAAGCUCCCUCUUGGAGAUGCGAUGUGAUGACAAGCACACGAAACCAAUGUGGGGCUCCUGGUAUCUCUAGGACUUCUUGCGAGGCCCUUAACUGCUGCUACGAUGGAGGCCAGUGCUACUAUGGGAACAUGGGUCAUCAGAAAGCCAAUGAUCAGGUUGCUCAGAUGGAACCUAUGCGUUACGAUCAAAUGCGCCAAGACCAGAUGAUGCCUGACAGACAGAAAACCGUAAAGCAAGCUCCCUCUUGGAGAUGCGAUGUGAUGACAAGCAUACGAAACCAAUGUGGGGCUCCUGGUAUCUCUAGGACUUCUUGCGAGGCCCUUAACUGCUGCUACGAUGGAGGCCAGUGCUACUAUGGGAACAUGGGUCAUCAGAAAGCCAAUGAUCAGGUUGCUCAGAUGGAACCUAUGCGUUACGAUCAAUCCCGCCAAGACCAGAUGUUGCGUGACAGACAGAAACCCCCAAAGCAACCACACUCAUCUCUCACCCGCAGCUGCAAUGUGAUGAAAAGCGCACGAAACCAAUGUGGGGCUCCUGGUAUCUCUAGGACUUAUUGCGAGGCCCUUAACUGCUGCUACGAAGGAGGCCAGUGCUACCAUGGGAACAUGGGUCAACAGCAAAACAAUGAUCAGGUUGCUCAGAUGGAACCUAUGCGUUACGAUCAAAUCCGCCAAGACCAGAUGAUGCCUGACAGACUGAAAACCGUAAAGCAAGCUCCCUCCUGGAGCUGCGAAGUGAUGAAAAGCGCACGAAACCAAUGUGGGGCUCCUGGUAUCUCUAGGACUUAUUGCGAGGCCCUUAACUGCUGCUACGAUGGAGGCCAGUGCUACUAUGGGAACAUGGGUCAACAGCAAACCAAUGAUCCCGUUCUUCAUAAGGACCCUGCCCGUUAUGAUCAGUCCCAGAAGACGUAUGACAAACAAACACCUAAGAAACCACACACACCUUCGUCACGGAGCUGUGAUGUGUCGACAACCUUACGUGUGCCAUGUGGGGCUCCUGAUAUCACAGGGACCGAUUGUGAUGCCCUUAACUGCUGCUACGACGGAGGCCAGUGUUACUUUGGGAACACGGUAACCGUCCAGUGCACGAAGGAUGGCCAGUUCAUCGUGGUCGUGGCCAAAGAUUGCACUGUUCCCAACAUUGACCUAACGACCAUUUCCCUGUUGGGAGACGGUCAAAACUGCAAACAUGUGGACUCCAAUUCUGCCUUUGCCAUCUACCAGUUCCCUGUGACUGCUUGCGGUACCGUCAUUAUGGAGGAGACCGGUAUCAUCGUCUAUGAGAACAGAAUGACUUCCUCGUAUGAAGUGGGAGUGGGGCCUCUGGGUGCUAUAACCAGGGACAGCAGCUUUGAUUUACUCUUCCAGUGUAGAUACACAGGCACAUCUGUUGAGACUUUGAUUGUAGAAGUUCUACCGGUAGAAUCGCCUGUCUCAGUGGCUGCUCUUGGUCCCCUGCAUGUGGAGCUGAGGUUGGGCAAUGGACAAUGCUUUACAAAGGGCUGUGUUGAAGAGGAUGUGGCCUACAGCUCUUUCUAUAUGGAUGGAGACUAUCCUGUGACCAAAGUCCUAAGGGAGCCCGUGUAUGUGGAAGUUCAACUCAUGGAGAGAACCGAUCCCAACCUUGUCCUCAUGCUCGGCCGGUGUUGGACCACAACUAGUUCAAACCCUCACAGUUUGCCCCAGUGGGACAUUCUGAUCAACGGGUGUCCAAAUAGUGAUGAUCGCUACUUGUCCUCCCUGGUUCCAGUUGGUCCAAGCUCUGGUUUGGACUUCCCGAGUCACUACAGGCGCUUCAUUUUCAAAAUGUUUACCUUUGUGGACCCUAGCUCACUAGAACCACAGAACGAACAGGUGUACAUUCACUGCAGUACAUCUGUCUGUGAGCCUACAGCCGGCUACUCCUGUCAGCCGUCAUGCUUCAGAAGGAAGAGAGAUGUGAAGGAUGAGAGCCAGAAGACUGUGGUGCCAAGGGUUGUGGCCUCCAUUGGACCUGUGGUCAUGGUUAAACGUGAAGAGUAAACAUGGCAGUCGCAAAAGUUUGCGCAAAAGCAUUUCAUGAAGGAUUGAAACAACAUGAUUUUUCAUUCGUGUCCUGACUUAAAGUGUAAUAUCUCUAGUGUAUACCACAAGACAGAGGCGGCAAACGUGCACUGCAAUGAGAAUAAAAUGGAUUCCUCAAAGUCAAACUUGUAUUAAAAGGGUUUUUAUGUGCUGUAAAUACUCCCUGAUGACUUUUUUCUACAAUUGUCCACUGUAAAUUAUAAU